CUCAUUUAUCCACAACAUAUUAGCGAUUCGUAGCAGUAGCAAAUAACAAACAAAAAUUAUAAAAAAGUGAACAUAAAAUUUAAGCAAUGAUUCAAUUAAAUUGUGUUGAAUUAUUAUUCGUAAUUGGCUGUGUUUUAGUUUGUGGUAGCAAAGGCAAUUUGAUACAGUAUUUGUCUAGAAACAAUAAACCAUUUUUUAUGAUUCAAACGAAUGAUAUCAUCGGAAAUGGAAGCGGUAACGACUACAAUCAUAAUACUGAUGAUGAUCAUUUUAUAUUCACAACAAAAAGCAUACCCAAAGAUUCAAAGCUCUUACCGACUCUAAGUAAUGGCCAUAUUGGAUUUACAUUGUUCUCUGAUUCUGUCUAUAUGAAUGCACUUUAUAAUGGACAUGGUGGACUAUCUCAUCGUGCCUGUAUUCCCAACUUUUCAAAUAUUCAAUUAACCAACUGUGGAGCCGUAGAAAAAUGCAAAUAUACAUUAAAUGCAAAAAAUGGAUAUUUUAUGGUCGAAAUGAAUGUAGGGAAUGAAUUCUAUGUAACUCAUUUGAUUUAUGCGCAUCGAUAUUAUAAUCGUGCAGUAGUCAAUCAAUUCUUCAUUCAACGUUUGAGGUCAAAAGACGAUAUAGAAGUAAAGAUUUACCAAAAUAUCUCCGGAAGUAAUAUAAACAAUGAAACACAAGCAGCGCAAGCGAAAGAUGAUCUAGAAUUUACAAAAAAUGAAACAAUUCAUUUUAAUGAAAAUGAUUUUCAACUUCUUUGUGGUCACAUAGUGGAAAUGGAGAGAUUAACUCAAGAGGAACCAAUUCAUCAAGAAGAAAAUGCUUGUGUUCUAUGGAAUCAUGUUCCAGAACAGCUCACACUCAGCAAAAUGGCAUCCUCAAUUUCUUAUAAAUUUGUUAUGGCUGUUGAUAUACAUGAAGCUGAUGUCAGACAGGAAAUGAUUGAUGUUUUUAGCAUAACUAAUGACGAUCUGCUGAUAAGUCACAUUAAUGAGUGGAAAAGAUUUUGGAAUAAUUUUCGCAUUGAAAUUAAUGGCAACGACGAAUUGCUGCGGGCAAUUAUAUCUAGUACAUUUAAUAUUGCAUGUAAUUUACCAUCAGAACGAGUAAAUUUACCACAACAACAUCCUUUUUAUGGUCUCAGUCCAACGGGUCUUGGUCGAGGUAAUCUUGAUGAUUAUGAAGGUCAUAAUUUUUGGGAUACUGAAAUUUUUAUGUUUCCAACAAUUGCAUUAAUCAAUCAUUUUUGGGCAAAGAGUUUAUUACAUUAUCGUUACAUUAUGCUUAAUUCUGCCCGUGAAUAUGCAAAAUUGACUGGCUAUAAGGGAGCAAGAUUUCCUUGGGAAAGUGCAGCAACAGGUUAUGAAACAAUUCAACCAAACUAUGAGUACAUUGCCGAAUAUCAACAUCAUAUUACUGGUGACAUUAGCUUUGCUAUGCAGCAAUAUUUUGCACUGACUCAAGAUGUUCAGUGGGCAAAAGAUGAAGGUUGUGAAAUGGCUCAAGACAUAGCAAAGUUUUGGGAAAGUCGUGUGAAUUUAAAUGAAACAAACGGUCUCUAUGAAAUUGAUCACAUAAUGGGUCCUGAUGAAGAUCAUUGCGACACAAAAAACAAUGUCUAUACAAAUGUCGUCGCUAUUAAUGCAUUGAAAUUCGGAUCACUGAUGCGAACAUUAUGUACUGAAAUGAAUCAUACGACUGAAGAUAAAUGGCUUAAAAUUGCCAAGAAUAUGAAAAUAAUUUAUGAUGAAGUGCUAAACUACCAUCCAGAAUACGAGGGAUAUAAUAAAGGCAUGAAAGUUAAGCAGGCUGAUACAAUUUUAAUUGGCUAUCCACUUCAAUUUCCCAUGAACGAAUCAACUAGAAGAAAUGAUUUGAAUUUUUAUAUGCAUGCAACCAGAAAGAGCGGACCUGCUAUGACAUAUUCAAUGUUUGCGAUUAAUUAUCUUGAUAUAGAUGAUGUCGCAGAUGCUAAUGAGAUGUUGAACAAAAGUUUUAAGCCUUACAUUCGGAAGCCAUUUAAUGUGUGGAGUGAAGUUGUUGAAGGAGAAGAAGGUGCUGCUAAUUUUAUUACAGGUGCUGGUGGAUUUUUGCAAGCAAUCUUUAAUGGAUAUUUGGGCAUAAGGAUUCAUUUAAAAUAUUUGGAAUUAAAAAACCCUCAACUGCUUGAAGGAUCAAGUUAAUGUGAAAGGAUUUUUGUAUCUUAAUUCAGUUUUUGGCAUUGAUAUUAACAGCAAUAUAUCUUCAUUUCGGUUCAGCAAACUCCGUGAUGCUUUAUAUUACACAUCAAACGAGAGCAAUGAAUUCGAAAUUCAAGAAUCAAUAGCAUAUAAAAUCCCUAAAAAUGGAUCUGUGAAAAUUCAAAUAAAGAAUUAACAAACUUUUUAUGUUGC